AUGAGAAAGCGCUUGCAUCGCCCCCUGAGCCAUGUUCUCCUUUUCUUCGUCGUCGCGUUGCUGCUCCAUCAUGCCUGCAAUUUCACAGCACCAAUGGAUGGCCGAACGGAGCGACGAUCCUGGAGGGCGCAGUCAAAGGCUGCAGAGUCGAUGUCCAGUCAAAGCGAGCCCUUGCAGCCUUUGCUUGCGAAUGCCUCCGAGCUCACCUCCCCGCCGGAGAGCGAAGAUGCAGAGCGAGGGAAGGGCCGGAACGGGGAGCUUAGGGCCAAUGCAUCACUUCUGGAAAUCCUGGAAGAGGCGCCGCUCUAUUCAGCAGCGCGCUCCCAGGCAGCUGCCCUCUUCGAUCGGCUAAGUGACAACGCCACCCUGGGCCUGAGCUAUGCAAGGAUUCUCAAAUUUAUGCAGACUUUAUGGGAAGGUCCGUUGAAACUCCCAUCACAGACGCAGAUGGAGUUGCACAACAACCUCGCGGCUUUCGUUAUCCUGUCAGACCGUGACAGGGAUGGCAUGCUGUCAGUCAACGAAUUCAUUGAAUACGCUGCUACGGUGAUCAGCGUGUCCAAGCGGGAUGUGCAUGCAUGGCAUGUUGAGGUGGUCCUUCGCCGAAGCUAUGGUAUUAUGAGCAGCUUUUUCCAAAACGUGACGAACUAUUCCUUUGACCCCGUGGGCAAGGCGGGUGGUGCAGUGAAUCGGUGGGUACAGCGGCCGACAUGGCAACUUACACUGCCGUUUCUUCUCAGUGCGCUCAGCAAAGUCGGGCAAGCACUGCUGGAAGUGUCGGACAGCAUUGACAUGCUGAGCAGAGAUGUAAGGUUCAGCUGCAGUCUCCUGGCCAAAGUCUGCCAGGGACGAGAAUUACAUGAGUGGGAGAAUCAUUUACUUCGGCGUUUCUUCAGUGAUGUCAUCGCUCUGGUUCCUUCAACGGCGAUCUGCGCUCUACCCUUGCCGUUGCCGGUGCACGUUUGCCUCUUUCUGGUGAUAAAGUCGUCGGCCCCGGCGCUUCUCCCGUCCCCGUUCUACCCUUCGAGGCUCCACUUCCUGAGUGCGAGGCGUGAGUUGCGCCGGCACCCAGACUUCAAGGACUGGACGCUGUACGGUGAGGAACCCUCUGAGGAGCUGGAUGCGGCGGUCCUGGAGGUCUUCGAAGCUGCGCCAGAUUCUGCAACGGCGCAAUCGGGUAUUCGAAAACUCUUCGAGGAUCUGGAUAUAUUUGCAAGUGGCAAUGUCUCGCACAGCAGUGUGCUGAGCGUUGUGCAAGCUAUAUGGAGCGGACAGCUGAACCUUGCGACGAAGAACAUGGAAGAUUUUCGCAUGGAUGCGUCGACGCUUCUGGUUGCUGUAGACCGCCGCCGUGAAGGUUGCCUCACUUUAGGCGAAUUCACCGAAUACAUCGAAACGUUGGUUGAAGUUGCCAACAACUACAAGGCCAGCGCUCUUCGUGACGACAACAAGGUGACAAGAUUCGCCCGCGACGUCUCUGACAGCGCGUUUACACUACUGCGCGACCUGCGGUAUGGCGUGCAUCUGCUGAAGAAGCUUGCGUUCAGACACAAGCUCUCCAACAUGGAGGGUGCGAUACUAAAGCGGACUUUCAAAGACUUGUCUGCGUGCUUGCCGUACUGUGCCAUCGCUCUGACCAAGUGCACUUAUGGGCAGAAGAUCCUCAUGGGCAUGUUGCUUUAUUCAAACGCCCCUUAUUCGCUUUUCCCUACGUCAUUAAGAAAGCCACGGCGACGGUUUGCCCGCGCUUGGGCAGCCAUUGCGGCCAAACAGCGGAGGCGAGCCUACCUGGGCUGGCAGCGGCUAGAGGACCGACAGCGACAGCUCGGAAAGGGAGGUGCUUUCAACUCGGAGCAGAAGGAACUCCGUCUGGAGAAGGCGCAAGGAGAACCUGAGAAGCUUUUCGAGGAAUUCGACGAAGGUAGUGGAACUCUGACAUAUGGAGAAGUGUUUUCCAUUCUUUGGCCACUUUGGGAAGAGGUCAGUCGCAAAAGCAGCGAGCCUUUCUUGGACGCAUUGGGGCUCGUCCUUCAGAUAGCUUCCGACAGAGAUGGUGCUGUCACCAAGCCCGAGUUCGUCGAGUUCGUGCAAACACUCACUGCUUGCAGCACCUCUACGCGCUUGGAGGAAGACCUGGCAAAGCCCGCGUUUGCGAUCGGGCCCAUUUGCCGCUACGCUGCUGCGAUCGCGCGCAAGGAAGUACGGGAGGUCGUGGACAGCGUUUCCAUGAUAAGUCAGGAUGUCGCAUAUUCAGCAGCUCUGCUGCAAAGCCUGCAGAACAAGGAAAGCAGGCGACGCAAGUUUCUGGGCUUCUCCAAGGUUGAGUGCGACGUCCUGCGCCGCACGGCGAAGGACAUUCUUCUGUUUAUUCCGAUUGGCCUCAUCAUCGUCGCGCCUUUGACCCCUGUUGGAACCGCGAUCGUCAUCGCUAUCUUCAAGCGAUUGGCACCCGCCCUGGUACCUUCGUCUUUCCGUCGCCCGCGCUUGACACUUCUGCAAGCCCUUCGCUGGUCGAGGAAGUCGGCGGUACCAGAGGAUGCUUAUGGCAAGAUGGACCCCUUUACCGUCGUAGCUUUCAUCGAGAGCGAUGGAGCCAGGAAAGAGAUUUCCCGGACACGCACAGACUGGAAUGCUGACAUGCAUCCACACUGGGAUCAUACUUGCCGAGGGCAGCCUUUCAAAAUGGGCUCAGCAGCGGCUGUGGAGUUCCAGGUCAUGGAAGGCAACGUGAUCGGACGCCCGACCUUCUGCGGCGCUGCGCAGGUGUCGGUAGAAGCGUUGCUGGGCGACCCUACGGCUUCAGAAUCGCUUUGUGCUUCCAAAUCUGGUGGAUCGCUGACUGGUCCUGUGAUGGACCUAGAGCUUCGGCUACCUUCGCAAGAGGUUCCUGCCUUCUUGACAUGGACUAGCUUGAAAGCCAUGAGCUACGAGACAGCUGAUUCGCAAAAGGAAGAAUUCCGCAAGUACUUGGAGAAGAAUGGCAUCAUCUCACAGCUUACACGAGUUCUUGUCGGCCUCUACGAGGAACCUGAGAGACCAGCAAACGCCAUCGACUACAUCAAAAAGUACUUGGGAGCCCCGACAGGUGUGGAUGUGGAGGAGCUACGUGCAGACAACGACGAACUCAGGCGACAGAAUGCUGAACUUGAAGCCAAGGUUGCCAGCCUGACGCAGCAGCUGAAAGAGCUGCAGACUGAGCAAGAAGAGCAGGAUGCAUGUUCCGUGCAGCUUCAAGAGCUAUCUUCUGACCUGGCCACGCACAGGGGCGGCAUCAGUGCGUACCAUGCGGUAGGUGACGAGGUGCAAGCACGAAAGUGCUUUGCUGGAAUGCGCAUGCAUGCAAACAAAAGAGGAUGCACUGAGACAUUGGAUCGGUGA